AUGGGGAAUCGUUCGCUAGGGUUUUGGGUGACUGCGUUUUUCCUACUCGGAAGCUUGAUCGACGCGGCCGAUGGCUCGAUUCACGAGUACAAGGACGAAGGGUUCGUCAAAAUCGCCAAUGCUCGCUACUUCUAUGGUGGUCACGAAGGUCUUUACGCUUCUGAGUUUCUGGGUGUUGAUGCUUCUUCUGCUACAGCUCCUCCUCUCAAGGGAAACUCCUUCAUCAGGUUUGAUGAUGUCUCUUUUGUAAGAAGCAAGGAAUCCGCUAGCAAGCAGAAUUCAACUCAGGCGAGUGCAGGCUUGGUGGAAGCGAUACUGUUUGAGGCGAAGCAAAAAGACAGAGUUGGUGGAUCUUUUUUCAAAACAGAGAGCUUCUGCUGUACACCAAAACUUGCGGAUGCUGGUUCCUGCAACCUUGGGGAAGUUAUGAUUAGUGCAGAUCCUAAUGACCCUGAAUGGCCUAAGCGGAUUCACACUUUCUUCAAAAAGGGUGAGGAAGAAGUGAAGAUGUCUCCGGAAGCUGUGAUCAUUAACAAAACUGGACGGUACAUUGUGUACUUCACGACCUGCGAUGAAGAUUUGGAUGGCACUGUUGUCAGGGGAAGAACAGUUUGGAAGAACCUAGAUGGGUAUUUACCAGGAGAGACAGCUCCUCUAAUGAAGUUCUAUGGAUUCAUGUUCGUAGCUUAUAUGUUGCUUGGCGUAGUUUGGUUUCCACGAUUUGUUAGGUACUGGAAGGAUGGAAUCCAGCUGCAUAGUCAUGUUAGCUUGGUUAUUGCAUUUUCCAUGUAUGAGUUGGCCUUCAUGUACUCUGGUUUUGCCUAUCUCGACUCGGUUGGUACAAGUCCUGUGAAGGCAACGUUAUGGGCUGUGAGUUUUUCUUCUGCGAGGAAGGCGUUGUCUCGGCUUCUACUGUUGGCUUUAACUUCAGGAUAUGGACUUGUGAAGCCUGAAAUAUCCGGCUUUACACCGAGGAUGCUUCUUCUUGGCGGCAUGUGCUAUGUGAUUAGUCUAUCUCUGGGAUCGGCGCAGCAUUUUGGGAGUCUCACUGAAGAUGGGAUGACUUUGUUGAUGCUGUCUUGGGCUAUAAUGGAAACAUGCUUUCUCCAGUGGAUUUUCAGGUCCUUGUGGAAUACGCUUAAGAAGCUUAAGGUGAAUAAGAGGGACAAUGCUAAGUUGCAGCUCUACAAGAACUUUGCAGUUGUACUAGUAACCAUGGUGGUGCUUAACAUUGCCUGGGUUUAUGUGGAGGUAUAUAUCAAUGACUCCCUGAGUGAGCUUUGGCAAGUGAAGUGGAUGAUCCCAGCAUUUUGGUAUGUGCUUGCCUAUGCACUAUUGGUAGUCAUCUGCUGCUUUUGGCCUCCAACCGAAAAGCCAACCAGGUACCUAUACGUAGCUGAAAUGGAGGAUGAGUAUGAGGAAGAAGAACAAGAUGAAGAUCUAGUAUUGGCAGAAGCAGGGAUGAAGAGUGAAGAUGGGAGCAAUGUGGAGAGGGAAGAGAGGAAGAGCCUUCUAGAAGCACUCAUUCUCUUGUUUGGGAAUAUUCCAAGGGACUGA